AUGCCGCACCGGGACGUCGUCUGUGCCACGGCCGCCAUCGGCGCGCUCACCCGCCGCGGGCGACACCGCGACGCCCUGGCACUGUUUUCCCAAGUGCUCGCCGACGGCGUCGCGCCCAACGAGUUCACCUUCGGCACCGUCCUGCGCUCGGCCACCGCUCUUCGAGCACCGCGCGUCGGUGUGCAGCUCCACGCCUGCGCUGCUAAGCUCGGCCUCUGCUCCAACGUCUUCGUCGGCAGCGCCCUCCUCGACCACUAUGCGAAGAUGGGCGCCAUGAGGGAGGCCCGGGGCGCGCUCGAUGACACCUGUGACCCGAAUGUGGUGUCCUACACCGCCCUCAUUGCCGGUUUGCUGAAGAAUGGAAUGUUUGAUGAAGCAGACCGAUUGUUCCGGCGCAUGCCAGAGAGGAACGUGGUCUCCUGGAACGCGAUGAUCGGCGGGUACAGUCAAGCCGGUCUCAGUGAGGAGGCUAUCAAUCUGUUCCUGAAAAUGUGUCGAGGAGGCAUCACACCGAAUGAAAGCACCUUCCCCUGCGUGCUCACUUCUGUUGCCAAUGCAGGGGCACUUGGCGUUGGCAGAAGCGUUCAUGCAUCAGCCAUCAAGUUCUUGGGCAAGCUUGACGUUUAUAUAGGUAAUUCUCUUGUGAGCUUCUAUGCCAGGUGCGGUAGCUUGGAGGACAGUGUUUUGGCUUUCAAAAAGAUGAAUCGGAAAAACGUGGUCUCCUGGAAUGCACUGAUCUGCGGGUAUGCACAGAACGGGAAGGGAGAGGAGGCUUUGGAUGCUUACAGGUUGAUGAGAGCAACGAGCCUCAAGCCAGAUAAUGUCACUCUCCUCGGCUUGCUGUUUGGUUGCAACCAUGCUGGUCUGGUUGAUGAAGGUUAUGCAUUGUUCAAGACCGCAGAGAUGGAGCAACCCGGCAUACUGAAACCUGAGCAUUAUGCUUGUGUGGUUGAUCUACUAUCUCGUGCCAAGCGAUUUGACGAUGCCAAGAGGUUUCUUGAGGAGCUCCCCUUUGAGCCAGGCAUUGGGUUCUGGAAGGCUUUGGUAGGGGGCUGUCAGAUUCACUGGAACAGGGAGCUGGCUGAGAGUGUUGCAAAGCGCAUUCAUGCAUUGGAUCCACAGGACACAUCUUCCUACAUUCUUCUGUCAAAUGUUUACUCUGCAUCAGGAAGCUGGCAAAGUGUGUCUAUGAUCAGGAGGGAGAUUAAGGAGAAGGGGCUGAAGAGAAUCACCGGCUGUAGUUGGAUUGAGGUCCAGGACAAGGUCCAUGUCUUCUCCAAUGGAGACUUUAGGCAUCAUCAGAGUGAUGAAAUUUAUUCGAUGCUUGAAGCAUGUUUUUAUUCCAUGGAAGAUGAACGUGAUUACUCAAUUGUGUGA